AUGAGCGCACCGGUUAACCGGUUCAAUAGAAAAAAGGUCGCCAUCGUCGGUAGCGGCUGCUCCGGCAUCGCAGCCCUCUGGGCGCUCAACCGUACAUAUCACGAUGUUCACAUGUACGAGGCCGCCGACCGCCUCGGCGGCCACACAAACACGGUGCAAUGGAGCGCCGGCAAGUUUAAGACGGCUGUCGACACUGGCUUCAUCGUCCUCAAUACGGCCACCUACCCCAAUUUCAUCAACUUCCUCAACAAGAUCGGCGUAGAGACGGAACCGACAGAGAUGACGUUUGGCGUCUCGAGAGACCACGGUGCUUUUGAAUGGGCCGGCACGAACCUCGCCUCCGUCUUUGCUCAGCGACGGCGCAUCUUCUCUCCCCGCAUGUGGCGCAUGAUCUUUGACAUUGUCCGCUUCAACCAAUUUGCCCUCGACCUCCUCAUUAAUGACGACGACGACGAUGAUGACAAUGACCUAUCCAACCAUAGCAACGGCAGCAGCAGCGAUUUCUCCUCCAGGCGUGCUCACCAUCGCGACGAGACCAUCGGCGCCUACCUCGCCCGCGAGGGCUACUCGGAUGCCUUCCGCGACGACUACCUUCUGCCCAUGGCCGCUGCCGUGUGGAGCACCGGCCCAGACAAGUGCGGCCUCGACUUCCCCGCGAUCGCGCUCGUCCGGUUCAUGUGGAACCACCAUCUGCUAUCGACCGUCGCCGCGCGGCCGCAGUGGCUCACCAUCAAGGAGGGCGCCCAGGCGUACAUCCGCGCCGUCAUGCGUGGCUUCCCGCCCAACCACCUGCACCUCAAAACGGCAGUGCGGCAGGUCACCAACACCCCCGACGGCCGCGUGCUGCUCGCCCUCGAGGACGGCACCUCCGAGGUUUUCGACCACGUCGUCCUCGCCACCCACGGCGACCAGGCCCUCGCCCUCCUCGGCGCCAGCGCCACGCCCGCCGAGCGCGCCGUCCUCGGCUGCUUCCAGACCUCCCAGAACGAGGCCGUGCUGCACUCCGACACGAAUUUCAUGCCCCGCAGCCGCCGCGCCUGGGCCGCCUGGAACUACCUCACGCAGUCCUCGCCGUCCACCGGAAAGGCCAACCUCGACCGCGUCUCGCUCACCUACAACAUGAACAUCCUGCAGCACAUCCCGCGCGAGCCCUUCGGCGACGUCCUCGUCACCCUCAACCCGCUUACGCGCCCGCGCCAGGCCGCCGUCCAGGGCCGCUUCUUCUACUCCCACCCUCUCUACACGCCCGUCGCGUUCCGCGCCCAGCGCGCGCUCCCGCGCAUCCAGAACCGCCGCGGAAUCAGCUACGCCGGCGCAUGGACGAACUACGGCUUCCACGAGGACGGCUUCAGCAGCGGCCUCGCCGUCGCCCAGGACGACCUCGGCGCCAAGCUGCCCUUUGAGUUCAAGGACUCGACCUACAGCCGCGGCAGGCGCCCGCAGCUUGGCCUGGCCGACUAUAUCCUCCGAUUCUUCAUCCUCCUUAUCCAUCUCUUCAUUGUGCUAACAUUUGACCGCUUCUCGUUGGUUGGUAAAAAGAGACGGAGCGUGUUGAACGGCAGUGCCAAGGCCUGCCAGAAGAAGCUCAACUAG